UGCACCCGUAUUCGCUCAUCGCAUGUCUUCAGACUACAAUUAUGAGCGCGAUGAAAUCCCGGCUGCAUUCGCGUUGCCGCAUCAUGAAGACGCGGAAGAAGAUGCCCGCUCUGUUUCCCUCGAGACAAUGCUCGAUCUCAUUGGAGAACACGUGACGAAUCAGAGUCAGCAGCUAACGUCAAUCAACGACAGUAUCCUGCAAGCCUCGCGCAUGGAGAUGGAUGAAGGCGAACAGCCACACGCAGUCACGCCCUGGCGCGGCGUGGGUGAGGACGUAUCGCCGAGCGCUUUCUCGACUCCGAUCGGAUCCCCCGCGACCGCCUGCAUUCGUAGGUCGCCGCACACGUCUCCUAAAAUUCGACACCUGCGCGGUCGCGAAGUGGUGUGGUCGCCAUUGCAGCUAGAGAGACGCCCUCGAAAGACCAAAAAGUAGAUGCCAUGAUGACCUCAUUUGCAAAGACACCGCAUCGAAUUCACCGAGCUUGCACAUUCCCGAGAUGGGCGUGCAUCGGUCUCCAAAAUGGGGCCGGGCGUGGUUCUGCUGUGCAAGCGUCAACUGCGGGUAACGCCAGCGCCGCCGCCGGCGCCGGCGCCCGCGCCGCCGCUGGCGCCCGCGCCGCCGCUGGCGCCCGCCCGCCGCGGGGGAGGAAGAUCGUUCGACGAAGCAGCAGCAGCAGGAGCGGUGACCACGACGACGGCGAGGAGGACAGUCGAAGACAGUUUGUCGAUCGAGAAAUGUGUGAAAUAUACUAUGAUUUAAAAAAUCCAUCUGCGUAUUCUUCUGUUGCAAAUUUAAAGAGAGUGGCCCGCACGCGUGGAAUCACGCCUGCGGAGGUGCAUGCGUGGCUUUUGAGUCAGGAAAUUUAUACACGCUAUAAGCCAGCUCGCAAGAAUUUUCCAUUGAAUUUUUAUAACAUAAAGGGGUUGUAUGAUGUGUAUGAAGUUGAUCUUAAUGACAUGAGAAAAUUAAACUCCUACAACGAUGGCUUCAAUUAUUUUCUCACCAUGGUUUGCUGUCUCAGUCGUUAUGUCUGGAUGUACCCUCUGAGAACGAAAACAGGCAGGGAGGUUGCCGAUGUAUUCGAAAAACACUUUACCCGGGCUGGGAGAGGUGUCAGGUUGGUUCAAAGUGACAAGGGCACGGAAUUCUGCAACCGGGAGGUGUCUAAAGUUUUCCGAAAAUGGGGUGUUUCAUUUCGUUCUCUGGAAAAUCGUGGGAAAGCUGCCAUGGCUGAAAUCGUCAACAGGACAUUAAAAACGCCACUAUGGAAACACUUUGACUACACAAACAGCUGGCGAUGGAUCGAGCCCCUGUCGCAAAUCGUGUCCAACUACAACCACACUAUUCACGGCGCCACGGGCAUGCCACCUGCUGAUGUCACAGAGAAGGAUGUCUUCAAAAUCUGGUCAACAAUCUACCUGCGACAUACAGCUCCACAACUGCUACGACGUCAACGGGCUCUUAAGAAGGCCAACGACGAGCGAGGCGACUCAAACCGACGGGUCAGCAACAGCGGCGGCAAAGCAGCGGCGACCGCCCCAGUCUUCAAACCCGGCCAAUUCGUUCGCAUUUCGCUAACUAAGGAAUUCACCGAGAAGGGAUACACGGCGAAGUUUUCGAGGCAGAUAUACAAAGUCGCUAAGGUCAUUCCAUUCUCUCCAGUUCACAUGUACACGCUGACGGAUCUAAACGGCGAGUCUAUCGUCGGUCGCUUCUACGGCCACGAGCUUCAGCGAAUCACACCCCCUACCUCAGAUACGGUUUACAGAAUCGAGCGAAUUUUGGAUCGCCGAGGACGCAAAGGCCGCGAUCUGCAGUACCUGGUGCGUUGGGCCGGGUACGAUAAAAACUUUGACUCGUGGGUCCCCGAGAGCGACUUGCAAGACAUCGAAGAGUUGAAGAUGAAGAAGAACAGUUAAAAAGUGAAGA